AUGUCUAACACAGCCCUAAAAGCCAUAUCUGUUACCAUUGGAGUAUUCUUCAUAUUUUUUGGUCUUCUAAAAAUUAGUCUAGUCUUCUCGGAACAGCUGUACAAGGAAAUUGUAAGUCUGUUCUCCCUUUAGUCACUCCUUUCAGUUUUGUAUCGCAUUUUGAUUUUUCAUUUUCACAAUUACUUUCGCAUGCGUUAUGCAAACAUGUCGCAUUUUUUCCGCAUGACUUGAUAGUCCUAAGGGCGUAAGACACCUGGUUUUGCUCAUCGCCGGACGUCUCCUCCUGUCUUUAUUUCAGUGAAGGUAAUUCUUCGCCUCGUCCACCGAAUCAGCGUUUAUAGCCGCAUAUGGUUGAUUUAGGCGCUGGAUGCCGCCACAUUUGCAGUUCCCCUAGCGUUACUCUUUCCCCCACUUACGAAAUUGUCGCAUACAGAAGGAAGGGGUGAAAUCUUGUAGACUAAUUUAGAACUAGGCGUCAACAGCACGCUCUGAACGCUGCACUUCAGCACUUUCCAUACCUACGGUGUCUCGUCAUCAGUGGUAGCCCAUUCGUCUGCUUUUUCCAUAUACGCCGUACUAAGCAAUCUUCCAUACGUCCUGACUCCGCACCCAUGAAGUUCAUUCGAUCGACAGUCGUCCCGAGUUGUAUCCUAUUACAUAAACUUACCAACUGCGUUAUUGUGUUUGAAGGGAUGUGAGGUAAUGGUCGUCCCAGCCUUUGGCUCCGUGAAUUUAUUCUCCUCAUUUGCAACCUCUUAGUGCAAGUUCCGGAUAGUCGGCAAAACUACGUAGGAAAACGUACGUUGUACAAGUUGGUCCCACCUUUUUAGAGCAACGCUUUUGAAAGCGUUCUUUCGGUCAAGUUUCCAUUAUUUUGGGGUCUCCGGUCUAAAAAAUAUUUCCGAUUUCAGUUCUGGUUGCAUAUUACCAUUAGUUAGUUUUUUACAAUUUUUCAGGAACAUUUAAUCGAAGUCCUCCUCAAAUGUUUUUCUUUGUAGCGCAAGGCCUUCUUCCGCUAUGCCUCAGUCUUUCCGUUUCGAACAUGGACUGGUUGGACACCAAACGCACAUACUAUUCGGCGUGUUUAUGGUGGGGUAGAGAUAAUCUCCGGUGUCGUCAUGGUCACCAGUCAAGGCCUGUUGUGUGAUCUGAGCAAUUGUUCUCUCCUCGGGCUCAUCUUGUACAGCCUGUACAACUGUUGGGCCCUUGAUGAGGGUAUGAAGGAGGCUUCUCAUUCCAUUGUCCUUGGCCUCGUUCUCGCCUGUCGAUUUGUGAUUCGACUUCAGGUGAGCCUGACUACGGGUUUCUUUUUAAGGACAUUUGCCUUCCAGGAGGACGGCUCUAAUGAGUAUUCUUUUCCUCUCAGUCGUUCAAAGGCCUGAAUAUGAACAUCGCAGAAUAAAGCUAUAUUAUUCUCAGCCGAUUACUUUGUUUGGGAGGACUAACCUUUGGAGUAACCGGACUCAUUAGUCUUCAGCUGUCGGAGGGCCAGGUUAGGAAAUCAAAGGGGCAAAUAUAGUCGCUCAGAGUUUUGUGCAUGCGCUGAUCAUAUUACUUCCCUAGUAAUGUCGAUUUGGCCAACUCUACAAACUCUGAUCUGUCUCACGAAUGGAAGAUAAUAUGCGCAUCCCAGGUUCUUGUUUAAUAGAAGACGAAGGCACGAUCACUGGGACAGUAGAUUUAUUUGCCUGAGCUUUCGAACUCGAAUAUUCACACGUUGCUGCACUCAAGCAGUCUCUGAUGAUGAACUCCAGUUUGAGUUCGAAAGCUCAGGCAAAUAAAUCUACUGUCCCGGGGAUCGUGCCUUCGUCUUCUAUUAAAUCUGGUCUGUCUCUUUGCCACAGACCCGUCCCAGGAAUUUCGCAACAGUUGAAUUCGUAGUCUUUACAGGGGUCCCCUCUGCACUGGAAAGUUGUCCGAGAGUACUUCGGUCAUUACUGCUUUGACGGAAAGAUGAACUCGCUUAACAUCCUCAGUGCCGCAGUCCCGCAAUCUACCGUCCCGUAUCGGUGUCUCCGGCCUUGUCGCUUUCACCUCCUAAUCAGUCGACGUCUUGAGCAGAUACCGCAUGCUGCCGCAAUGCUGGACCAUGCAUUGACAGUUUAAUUAAUCAGAUUGACAAUGUAGAAGUUCUUCGCUUCGUGUUUCGCAAACAGUUUUAUUUACGAUUGCCUGAGUAGACGAAAAAUUUAAGAAUCUCUAGCCUACUUACAUACCUAUAUAUUCCUGAAAAACGAAUACUACUUCGGACCACUUUUAUCCAUUCUGACGCCUAUUGGAGAAACCGAACAACUGGUUUGUCGCUGAUUGAAAUUUUAAGGCCAACGUUCUUUCGUAGCCUCUGUGGCGAGUGUAUUCGGAGCGUCACAGUAAUCACGACCCGGUCCCGUAUUUGAUAAGUGAAAAGACCAGUAGAAGUCGUGCAUUUUGCACAGAAACUCAAUGCUAAUCAGGGCUCCCUGUGCGUGUCCGUCCGCUCGGGUGAUGGCGUGAAUAAAUAAGAGUUUAUGUCAGCGUGUUGAAUUGAUUGAGUGAUUGUGGGCACCUGUGAUUGUCCUAAAGGUUGCAUGCGCCUAUUUUCUGAUCGUAUGACAACCGUGAUCACAUGAUCCCUUUCACGGUGUAGUUAUCAAAGGCGGAAGGUUUGAGGCACUACGCUGCGCUAUUAAUUAAACGAGUUGCAGGUAAAUGAGUGUCGGGUUAGUUUAGGAGCCGUCUUUUUCAGUAGUAUGCAACUGUAAAAGCCCACUGAUGAUCGUCUCUUUACAAUCAGUUUGUUUAACCCUAAGGCAGCUUAUUUGUUCAUUCGCAAACAUAACUUGGAAUUUAUAUUGACCCAACUGUGAAAAACUCGGCGCCUCGGUGGGAGUCGAACCCACGCAGUAAGGUGAAGGCCUUAGUACAGCCAACGCUCUAACCAUUUGAGCUACGAGGCCCUGCCGGACGACGCGAGUUUAAUCACAUUUGGGUCAAAAAAUCUGCCAAAACAUCUAUGAAUUGCGUAAGCCUGGUAGUUAUCUGGUGAAUUCAAGGUGAAUUACUUAGGAAAUCCUGCCUGGACAGUCAACUUACUGUAUCGGAUUUGGUGGAUUCCAGACGUAGCAGUAGGUUGGGUGGGUAACUUAACCCAAAUGUGAUUAAACUCGCGUCGUCCGGUGGGGCCUCGUAGCUCAAGUGGUUUGAGCGUUGGCUGUACUAAAGCCGUCCCUUUACUGCGUGGGUUCGAAUCCCGCCGAGGCGCCGAGUUUUUCACAGUUGGGUCAAUAUGAAUUAUUCAAAAAUCUGCCAAAUCAUCUAUGAAUAACUUGGAAUGCUUGACAAGUAACAGGCGUUGAGGUUAUAGCAAAGUGGACUGUGACUAUACGUAACCGAAGGCAUUCCAUCACUAUGUCUACUGUCCAAAUUUGCCGGUACGAAGUUAUAGAUCGAUUAUUUUCAGUCCUGUUUAAGGCUUUUUCGUCAGUUCCUGUCGACUGUACUGCAGCACCAGUGAAUCUGAGUAGGCCAUUGAUGCUAACUCGAAGUUUUUUGUUCACAAGUAGUCAAGAUUUUGUGAGGUUUAAAAACCACGGAGCACGUGAGUAGAUCAUCGUUUCCUACUACGAAAAGUUGCUACCCGUUUGUGUUAGAGGUCCGUUUCCUUGUGAUUUGCAUCACUUCCACUUCUCAGUUUCCUUUAGCAUUCUGUUUGAACUUUAGGAAAUCUUGAGUGGCUGAUUGUGCUUCUGUGUGUUUGUGUUGUCGUUCGAAGCUCCAACAGAGGGUGCGCCACCGAGGUCACACAGACUCCUACCAUGCGCUGGCUGAACUGUGUUCAGUCUGCCUGAGUGCCUAACUACUGCGUUUGGACGAAAGCGUUCCCACCACGUCAGCCACUGUUCGACGGUCCCGAAAGGACCAUUGGGAGAGGGGAGCGAGGCCUCAGAGCGAUUAAUCACAAGACGCCAGACCUUGAGUUUUGGAAAGUCACAGACUGCCUGUAUAACUCUGUUCUUACUACAAAGGCGCCCUCAUGUAGCUACCACGACACGCGCCUUGGAAGACGACUUCGGAUAGUGUCGGCCGUUACGCCCUGUCCAAUCCCCAGUCGGUUUUACUCCCGCAGACUGCCGAAACAUGCGAGCUGGAAAGAAGUAGGGGAUUCGACUCGACUCGGGUCAAGAACCUACCUUCCUCACUGUAACCACCCAUUAAACCCACCACAAAGUGCUGACAAUCUUGGUUUGCAAAGUUGCCAGUUUAUGAAAUAGCCUGCUCCUACUCAGGACUUGAGAUCCAAAUCUGACGGCCCCUCUUUAGCUCGACCUUUAGAGCACUCUUACUUCUGUGAGAGCUGCAUGGGUGCGUCAUACACACAGGAGCAGUGGCGGACUACGUCGUUUGUGUGGAAGUGAAACUGCCAGCGUCGCCGAGCAUCAUUGUCCUUGAUAGUCUACUUUGUGACUGAUGUGGCCACUCCUUCCUCGCGUGCGUUUAUCACUUUUUUUUCUCACAGGCUCAGCAGCAGAAGCCCCUGCAAACCGCCAAUGACGAUGAGGCCGUAAGGAAGGCCCUUCGGGAUGAACUUAAGAGGAGGAUGGAGGUACUCCAUCGCUCAAUGGCUGAGGUAGACGGGGUCCUUGGUUGCAGCCCUUGUGGUCUGCAUUGCGAGCCCGCUGCCAAGGCGACCCAUCUGCACCAACGGAGGCCCUCUCCUGCAAGAUCCACGGGGGCACCAGACUCGACGGCGGCGGCGGCCAAUAUGGAGACGGAGGUGAAGGAAGAUAAGAAGAACAAGUAG